AAAAUAAACUGUUUACAUACACCUGUCACAAUUUUCACGAGCUGUCAGAACUGUCAAAAAUUAUUUAAUUUUAAUUAAUUUAAAAAAAAAAUGUAUCGAGAAUCUGUUAAAAUUUUUGUAGAGAAUGCUGAAGCUCCUUCUGCAGCUUUUGCUGCACAUAUUAGAAUGGAGGAUUUAUUAGAAAAACUAAAACUUCUAAACUAUGAUACCGAAUUUCUACACAAGCUAAAAAUGAAGGAUAUUAAUAGACAUUAUUUUGUAAUACCAACAAAUUCUGGAGAACAAUUUUUCAUGUUCACAUCAUUAGCUGCGUGGCUUAUAAGAAAAGCUGGUAGAAAUUUUGAUCUACCUCAAGAGUCAGAUGAUCCAAAUUCAACAAUUUCGGGAAUUUUGGAAUAUCUUCGAGAAAUUGAAGUUCCUGUUGAAUUUGCACCAAAUAAAUUAAAACAAGGUGUCGGUGAACAUGCCGUUUAUGUUCUCGAUAAUUUAGCAGAUCAUGCACUACAAGCUAUUAAUUUUAAAUGGAAAAAAGUAAAUAUUCCACCUGAUGAACCAACUCCUGAACCCGAAAUCGAAGAUGAUGACGCGGAAUUAAUUUUAGAGAAACUUGAAGAGGAAAUAAAUGCCGAUUUUGAAGAGGAAGAAGAAGAAGAAGAGGAAGAUAUAAUUCAUGUUGAUGAUAUUACUAAAUUAUAUGGAGAGAAUUUAAAUGAAAUUUAUAGACCUGAAAAUAUUUUGGAAUCAAAAACUGAUGCAGAAGAAUGGAAAUUGGAAUUGGAAAAAGUUUUACCACAGUUGAAAGUAACAGUUAGAACAGAUUCUAGAGAUUGGAGAGCACAUCUCGAUCAAAUGAAGCAGCUGCAAACAGAAAUAGAAAAUAAUUUAAGUGGCACAACUGGACAAUUGGAAAAAUUACAUUUGGAUAUUGGAAGUACACUGGACAAAAUAAAUACAAGGGAAAAUUAUCUUAAUCAACAAUUGGAACCCUAUCUAAAUGACUACAAAUCUUUACAGGAGGAAUUGUCAAAAAUAAAGGAACAAUAUCGAGAAGUAAGUGGAGGAGUUACCGAAAGAACAAGAGUUUUAAACAAACUUACGGAAGAAUUAGAUCAAAUUAAAAAAGAAAUGGAUGAAAGAGGAUCCAGUAUGACAGACGGAACUCCUCUUAUAAAUAUUAAAAAGACAAUAACAAAAAUGAAGAAUGAAAUUUCGGAAAUGAAUAUCAGAAUUGGCGUUUUGGAAUAUAGUUUAAUGUGUUCGAGAAUUCGAGAUCGUACUCAAUUGCAGGAGGAUAUGAACAGUACGAAUAAUGGAAACAAUUCGUUAUUGGCAUAACAAAAAGAUAUACUCAAUUUGCAAUGUAAUUAAUCACUUCAAAAAUAAGUGCAAUCCGUCCAAAGAAAUCUCAGUGAUUAAAUCAAAGUACAAGGUGCGUGAAUUUCAAGAAACUUUCUUUUAUUUAUCAAAAAAAAAAAAAAACAUAUAUAUAAUAGAUAAAAAAAAAAUUAACUUUAAUCUCAAAGCGUUUUUACGGAAGUGCC